GUGGAAAAGCGCCGGCAGAUUUCUUUGUCUUCCAUUGUGGGAAAGCACGGCAUGGCCGAAAGUACGUUGGUUUUAGCGAUGUGGAGACGGUGCUGAAAAACGUGAAACCUUUCAAGGAAAUUCAAGGACAUCUUAAUUCUUGGUGAAACUGGCGUCGGAAAGUCAACCUGGAUCAACGGUUUCGUUAACUUUCUCACCUACGCCACCCUGGACGAAGCAUUGGCGGAACCGGUAUAUUUGAUUCCAGCGCAGUUCACCACGAUGGAUCGAAACUUCGACGAGAAGGUCAUCAUCAUGAAAGCGCUGACCGCGCCGGAGAACGAGGACACCAUGACCGGUCAGUCCGCCACCCAGAUGCCCAAAAGCUACGUCUUCAAGAAGGGUAACAUCCUGGUCCGCUUAAUCGACACACCCGGCAUCGGGGACACCCGCGGAACGGAACAGGACAAGAAGAACUUCGUCAGCAUCAUGCAGCAUCUGUCCAAUUACGACAGCCUGCACGGCAUCAGUAUCCUGCUGAAGCCGAACAGUGCGCGACUGACGGUUAUGUUCCAGUUCUGUAUCAAGGAACUCCUGACGCACCUGCACCGCGACGCCUGCCAUAACAUCACCUUCAUCUUCACCAACGCUCGCGGGACCUUUUACCGGCCGGGUGACACCAUGCCGAUUCUGAAGAAACUGAUCCAGGAUUCGAAACUGAACAUUUUGCUGAACAAAGACACAGUGUACUGCGUCGAUAGUGAAGCCGUGCGAUUUAUGGCCGCCAUGAAGGCCGGGGUGGAAUUUGAUCAGACGGAGAAGGAGAAUUUCGUUAAGAGCUGGGAGAAGUCUGUGGAGGAGACGGAACGCUUGCUCAAGUACAUCUCAGAGCGUCCGCCGCAUCCGCUGCAGAAUACGCUGUCGUUGAACGAAGCGCGCCGCAUGAUCCUGUCGUUUACGGAACCCUUGGCACAGAUCACGCGGAACAUCCAGGUGAAUCUGAAACUGGCGGACGACAAAGCCGACGAAAUCAAAGCGACCAAGUACAGCCGGGAAAAACUGAAGCGCAAACUGUACGUCCCGGUGCUGGAUUUGGAGCCGGUGCCGUUGGGGUUCCCGCGGACCGUGUGCAUCUCCCAGAAGUGCAUUAAGAUGGUGGGCCAAAAGGUCAACUAUAUCACGUGGUGCCAUAACCACUGUUACUUGAAGGAGAUUGAGGCCAACCAGUAUCCGCAGCCGGGAUUGAAAAGCUGCACAGCCAUGUCGGCCUCGGGCGGUGUAUCGUGUGCGCGUUGCCAGUGCUCUUGGGAGAAGCAUAUGCACAUCACCUACGAAUUGCAGGAGACGGAAAUCAAGAAGGUAGAUCCGCACAUUCAGGAUCUGCUGCGCCAGAAGGACGGGCAGAUUGCGGCCGUGGAAUUGCUGCUGCAUGAUUUACAGCAGCGUAAAAUGAAUUUGACAGCCGAGGAAGAGCAGAUCCGCAAGGUGUCGGCCAAGUUCGGUUAUUUCUUGAAAAUGAACGCCAUGCUGCCUUACAACGAUGCCAUGGAAGAGUACCUGCGCUAUUUGAUUUCAGCGGAGCACGAGAAGAUCGCCAUCGGGGCCAGUCGUGACAGCCUAGCUAACUACCAAAAAAUGGUAAAUGCGUACCGCGAAGAGAAGCGCAUCCUGGAAGAAGCCAUGCAGAAUCAAGACGACGAUCGCCAGAUUACCGCCAAGGACAUUAAGGACGCCAUCCGGUCACUUUAUAAGUUGCCUAUCAAUGGAAAAGCCAUUCGGGAUAUGGUGGAUGUGGUGCAGGAUGCGCAUGCCCAACAGCAGCGCCACACGGAGAUUUGCUACUCUCCCAAGCAGCCCGGGACCAUUAGGGCGACCAGGAAGCGCAAUGGCGUACAGCGUCUGCUGGAUGGUUUUGAUGGCCAUGAUGAGUAUAGGGAUUAUGACCGUCAUGAGUCGAAACGCCCAUGUCGACGCGAUAUCGGUUAUUGGCAGGGCAUGCGAGAGUACGAAGACCGCCGCAUGGCCCAGUACGGAGGCCCCUCGGGGCGUGUACCGCGCUAUGAAGGACCUGCACGGCCGCCGAUGGGGCGUAAUCCGCUGCCGCGGGAUCCGCCUCAUCAUAUGCGGAAACGUACACCAUCGCCACGGCAGAGGGAUGGCGAUGCGUCCCGCGGAUACAGUGUCCGAGAAUUUUUUCGCCGGUUUUUUUUCUAAAAAUUUGCUUGGUUUGUGAUGAUGAGCGACCAACAUGAUUUAGCUAAUCGGCUUUCGAAAUAGUUCCACCAGGAUUAGUGGUAAAUGCGCUGCGUUCUUCCGAUGUGUUGUUAACUUGCAUACUUUUAGCAACAUGUAUAAGAUUGUUUUGAGUGUUAUAACGGCUCUUAUUAUUUCCUUUCAUUGCAUCUAUAGUAGAAAUUUAAUGGGCUUUAACUGGUGGUUAAUUUUAGAAAUUCAAGCCUUACUGUUUUUGUCGUAA